AUGAGGAGGUGUUUGGCGAUCUUUGUGGUUGCGGCCUCCCUCGUCUCUCUCUGUGUGCCCAGCUCCCUGCGCAGGGAAGUUUCAUGGGGCCUGGUCAACGCUGCGUCGACCCAGAGGGCUGCUGCGAUCAAGAAUGCAGCGGGGGACAACGCGAUCCCCGAGGCUUCGGUGCUGCGCAGCGGGUCGUGCGUCGCUGGCCUCAUGGUGGACUGGCUGUCGGAAGUCGCCUCGCAAGUUCGUAACGACGUGAAGAACGGCGUCCUGCACAAGAUGUCGCAGCUCCGCAUGUCGACUCUGUAUAAGCGCGCGAAGCAACUUGUGAACCCGACCCCCAUCGAGGGCACGGAGGUGGCGACCAAGCUUGACCGCAUCGGCGAAGGCAUUGUGGCCUUCGUCCAUACGUUCAAUCGAGUUCCGCCGUCGCGGCGGGCGGCUGUCUACGGGCGCGUGUUUGAGACCAGCGCGCAGCUGCGUCAGCUGCAACGCAAAUACGUGAAUCUCGAGGCGUAUCUCUCCGCCAAAGCGACCCUCGAGAGCCUGGAGGUCCUCAGGCGCUUGAUGGAGGAAUUGUACGGGGCGCUGGAGAAUGUGUGCAGAGCGGUCGGGACGGCUACCCCUCCGCCGUCGACUCCAAAUGCGCUCAAAACGUCCUCGACAAGGUUGCCAGCCAAUUCGACCGCGUGCUCUUCACACUCCAGCUUCGUGCUGACCAACGAAGAGACAGUCAUCCCCGAACUCGGGAUUUUCAUUCGCAAUAUGCUCCUGCGCAUGAAGAGAGUGUUUGUCCUCGCGUGGCGCUUCGGUGUGUUCCUGCCGGUCGCCGAGGCGCUGGGAAGGCGACGGACCAUAGUCGACUACGUGGACGAACUCGUGGUAUUCGACGAGGAACUCAAAACGUUCGGUCCUGAUCGAGGGGUUUCUGGGUCACCACGGGGAGGACGACCCCGAAAACGAGCACUACUGGGUUCCCAACAUCUCUGCCGGCAAACUGAGCGACGACGACUUCGCGGCCUUCACGGCACCCGCUCGGGCCUCGACGUCUUACAGAUCGUGGGAGAGCGACAGCAGCGAGAGCAGCGGGCGAUGGCUAAUGUCCAAGGGCGCUCUGUGCGGCCCUCACGGGCGUUGUCAGUCGUGCUCGGCUGGGAAGCGACAGCGAAAAUGUGUGCCAUAGAGCUACUGCGGUGUGUGGGUGCCUGCGGGCGGUGUUCGCAACCUGCCUCCUGUUUCCUCGCAGGUUAUUGGUAUCUCACACGGCAUCCUGAUGUGAUUUGA